AUGAAGCUGCUUGUUCUUACAGUCAUUGUGAUUGCGUCUGUCUACUGCUGGCAUGAUAACAUCCGUGAGAGAGACGAAUGCUAUAGGGUGGCCAAGUAUGUUAAGCACCAUAGACGCAUCUUCCCGAACGAGACGGCGAGGCAUGCAUUCAUCGAGGAACUGAUCAAGUCUGAAGACAAAAUAGCAAGUCUUACUUUUUUUUAAAAUUAUUGACGUGCCAGUAAAGUGUCUUUGUAAACACGUUUUUGAGAAGUGGGGUUUUUUCGACAAAAACAGUAUCAAAAGUAAACUCUGUACCUAAAAUCUUCUUUUUCAGAUUGCCAGUUUCAGCGUACACUGCAUUUCCAAUAUUCAUUAUGGGCUUUAUAAACAAUGGAAUACGUCGCAGUUUAUAGGAUUAGCCCGCUAUUGUUGGGCCUGCAGUGAUGAAAUCACGUAUCCACGAGGACCUGUGAAUGAAAUCACGUAUCCAAAAGCCACUACUGCAACCUGUGAACGGUCUGUCUGA